AUGAUAUACCAAGCUUCAGUGACUGCACCAGUCAACAUUGCCACUCUUAAAUAUUGGGGCAAGCGUGACAAAGACUUGAACUUACCCACCAACUCAUCCAUUUCGGUAACUUUAUCACAAAAUGAUUUACGUACUUUAACUACGGCUUCAACGUCUCCUGAUUUCGCUACUGAUCAAUUAUGGCUCAAUGGUAAAAUUGAAUCUUUAGAUACACCACGCACGCAAGCGUGUCUUUAUGAUUUACGUCAAUUGCGUCAACAAAUGGAAUCCAAAGAUGAUACAUUACCGAAAUUGUCCCAAUACAAAUUACACAUUGUUUCCGAGAAUAAUUUCCCCACUGCUGCUGGAUUAGCUUCUUCAGCUGCUGGAUUUGCCGCGUUGAUUAGUGCCAUUGCUCAAUUGUACAAUUUGCCCACUUCAUGGUCCGACUUGAGUAAAAUUGCUCGUAAGGGGUCGGGAUCUGCAUGUAGGUCAUUGUUUGGGGGUUUUGUUGCUUGGGAAAUGGGCACUUUGGCCAAUGGUGAAGAUUCACAAGCGGUUGAAGUUGCGCCAUUAUCGCAUUGGCCUAGUUUAAAAGCGGCAAUAUUGGUGGUGUCUGAUGAUAAAAAGGAUACACCAAGUACAUCAGGUAUGCAAUUGACUGUGCGCACGUCAGAGUUGUUUAAAUAUAGAGUGGAAAAUGUUGUUCCUCGUCGAUUUGACCAAAUGAAACAAGCAAUCUUGGAAAAAGAUUUCCCUCAGUUUGCCAAUUUGACCAUGCAGGAUUCAAAUCAAUUCCAUGCUGUUUGUUUAGACUCGUGGCCUCCGAUUUUUUAUUUAAAUGACACGAGUAAGCGUAUUAUUAAAUUGGUGGAGAAAUUGAAUCAUGAUGCACAAAAGACAAUUGCUGCGUACACGUUUGAUGCUGGUCCUAAUGCCGUUAUUUAUUAUGAUGAAGCUAAUGAGUCCCAAGUGUUGCUGGCAUUGUAUAAACACUAUGGACACGUUGAUGGAUGGAAGGGAGCAAAGGAGGAGUAUGGAUCAUCCGGCGAAGUAGACAAGUGGAGUGGUGUUUCGAGAGUGAUUUUAACUUCCAUUGGUGUUGGUCCUCAAGUAACUUCUGAAUCAUUAAUUAAUGAAGCAGGAUUACCUAAGAAUGCCGAGUAA